AUGGCGAGUUUCCAUUCCCACUUGCCCAGCCCACCAACCCUCUCGCCCGACGACAACCCUCAACCCAGACGGCCUUCACGAACAUCCCUUCACGAUGCCGCCGCUGCCCCAGCACUACCACCCGGGUUACCAGGCCUCGAGCCUCAGGACGAGGCUGACUCGUCCGAGUUCAACGCCGACGACGUCCCCGUUGAAGUCCUCGUCAAACACCUCCUGGCCGCCAAACAGUCCCUCUCCUCCAUGACCCUCGUCCUGCGCGCCAACGACCUCGCUACCUCUGCGCGCCAGAUGCACCAAGAAUCCGGCACUCGUGAUUUCAAGCACAUCAUCCGCACCCUCGACACCGCCGACGACCGACUCGAAAAAAUCAUCCAAGUUCUGCGCAAGACCACAGUUGAGAACGUUUUCCGCCAGCCGGGCGAAGAGCCCAAGUGCCUGUUGGACUUCGUCGACCCCAAGAUUGUAGAGCAGGUACGCGACGCGCUGAAGCAGAGCAUCCACGAGCUUUCAGCAGCCAAGACCUCGUUCGACGGCGAUCUCCUCCGCUUCGAUACCGACUCACGCACCCUCACCGAUGCCAUGGCCGCCGCCGCCUCUCUCUCCAACCCAACCACAACCGCCGAGGGGUAUCCCCCCGACCAGCGAUCGAUAUCCAACCUGCUCUCCGCCUUGUCCGAGGGCUCUCACCUAAUGGCCGAACACCUCUCCUCUUUGGCUCGGCACUUCGACAUGUGCGUCACAGCCGUGCGCACCACCGAAGGCGGGGCCGCUUUAGCCCGUCGUCGCGCAGCAGAAGUCACGUCAGACGAGGACCAGGUCCCAGUGUCCAUAUCAGGCGUUAUCUCCGCCCAAGAGUCCGAGUCAGGCCCGUCAGCUUUCGAACCCAUGGACCCUUUCGAGCGCCAGGAACUACUACACGUCGUGAUGCGCGAUGCCGCCGAGGUGGAUGACGUGGUUGCCGAUAUUCACAACGUGCUGCAGCAAAUGGAAAUGGACCAUACAUCCCUCCAUUCGCUCUUCUCCGCCAGUCGGGCCUCCCACGCAGCUACGCUUACCUGCUUCUCUCUCCUCGAGGAGAUCGGUGCCCGGGCGUCCUCGUAUGUCGCCGCUGAGGCCGAGUUCGUGCAAAGAUGGGAGGACGAGAAGGAGACAAUUGACGAGAACGUGACAAAGAUGGAAGAGCUCAAGAAGUUCUACGAAGGCUUUCUGAAUGCUUACGGUGGCUUACUGCUCGAAGUGGAACGACGGAGAGCGGUUGAGGGCAAGAUUGAUAGUAUAUGGAGGAAGGUGAGGGAGCAGGUGGACAAGCUGGUGGAGGCGGACAGGAGGGAGAGAGAACAUUUCCGGUUGGAGGUGGGCGAUUAUGUGCCGGCCGAUUUGUGGGGAGUUGUCGAUAGGCCCUUGGGGAGGUGGGCCGUUGUUCCGUUGGAGGAGGACGCCAGAGAGGGGGAUAAGUUAUUGGAACAACAUGGGGAACAGGGGAACGAGGGGAGGGUUGAGGCUGCGUAUGAGAGGGAAAUAGAGCCGAGCACGCCGACCCCAAAAAAGGUGCCGUUGUAUGGACCUGGGUCGGCGGGGGAACGACCGUUUUAA